AGUGUCGCCAUUUUUUUUUUUCACUACAAAUUUUUCACCAAUUUUAACGAUAAAACAUUUUGCGGUAUUUCAUAAAAAUAAAACAUUUAUUUAUCUGGUUUAACUGCAGCAAAAAUAGCAAAUAAAUAUAGAAAAGAAAAAUUUAAGGCAUUUUCUUGUGUUGUGGCUUAUUUUUAAAUAUUUUAUUUAGAGAUUUUCUUAAGAAUUUUGAGUUCAUGAAUAACAUCUUAACUUUGGGGAUUUAGACUUCAAAUAACAUACAUACAUGUGCGCUUGCGUGUAAAACUCAAUGAACUUAUGUAUGCAUGCGCGAUUUUGCAUAAAAUUGUCAUUGGGUUUUUUAUGCCAUAGCGUGACAGUGGCAGAGAAACCAAACAAAUCCCAUUAGAAAAAAAAGGAUACUUCUUACUUCCUGAGUAGUAGCGUAAUAACAAACAAUAUUGUAUAAGUUUGGAAAAUAAAAUUAUUCAUAAACGAUAAUCAGAGCAUCAUGAGUGUUAUUAUUCGUUUACAAAAUUUACCAUGGUCGGCGAAUGCCUUGGAUAUCCGGCAAUUCUUCCGAGGUCUAUCAAUACCCGAAGGUGGUGUUCAUAUUGUUGGCGGAGAAAUGGGUGAUGCUUUUAUUGCUUUCAGUACCGAUGAAGAUGCCCGACAAGCUAUGAUGCACGACCGCGAAGCCAUUAAUGGCGUACAAAUACGUCUCUUACUCUCAUCGCGGGCAGAAAUGCAAAAAGUUAUAGAAAUCGCUCGCCAACAAUCGCUUUUAGCGUUGAAAAAAGCUACUGGUGGGGCGAUUUUGGCUCAACCUAAAUCUUCACCACCCAUCGUCGUUGCGCCUCCGAGUAUACAAAAUACAGUGGUGACAACGGCACCACAACCACCGGUUAUUACAGCAAGUAGUUUUCAAAAUAUUUUAACUAAUACGGCAGCAACAGCAGUGGCCACACCAUCGUUCUUGGCCUAUCAACAACAGGCGGGUUUUACAUUAAUACCCGAAGCGAAAAAUACUACAACUGCUACCAAGAAUAACCUUGAUUCUGAUGACUCUGAAUCGAAACAUGAUCGUGAUCGACGUCGUUCGGAUUCAAGAGAUCGUCGUCGCUCUAGAUCUCAUUCUAGAGAACGUAGCAUUUUUAGACGUCGUCGUGAGCGUAGUAGAGAUCGCUCUCGUGAACGGGACUGGACUAAUGGAAGAAGAUCUUCGCACCUUCGAUCACGCAGUCGUGAAAGAAGUCGUGCUCGCAGUCGAGAGCGUAGUCGCGAUAGAAGUCGUGAACGAGAACGUUCUCGCAAUAACAACAGCCGAGACCACAAUCGCCGCACUAGUAGGGAUGCUGGCAAUAUUAAUAGACCACGCAGUAUGGAUGCGAUGGCGGAUAAUAAACCUAAAUCAAACUUAUCACCCUGGAGUACAACAAAUGCUUAUCAGGCUAGCUACAGUUCCACGGAUGCGGAUCAACAGUCUUUUAUGAAAAUUGCAAAUUAUCAAGCUACGUUUAAUAGCUCUAAUAAUAUGGGAAAUGACAACAAGUCUAUGGAGGCAACAAAUAUACAAAACUAUAAUACGGCUAACCAAUCUCUGACAGCUCUUAAUAAUUACAGUUUGAGUGGUAUACUAAAUGCUGGCAAUAGCAAUGAUUCUUUUAAGGGAUUUGCACUACAAAAUCCUUAUACCACCGCUUUAAAUGCCUCUGCUAAUCUAACAGGAAAUGUUUCCAAUACUACAAGCAGCUCUUCAAUACCCGGCAUUUUUGUAGAGAAGAAACCAUUGGAAACUAAUGUAACAACUGCUGGCAAUGAACCGGUUUUAACACAAGAACCUAUAGCUUUUGCCAAUGUCAAUCCAUAUGAGCAAAUGUAUCCAACUUUGUUUGCCCAGGCGGCGGCCUUAAGCAGUGGACAGAAGUCUCUUAAUACAAAACAAAACUCCUCUACCAUGUCUUCAAUGGAUUCGCCAAAAGCAGAAGAUACUAAACCAAAAGAGGUAGAUCCCAACGAAACAAAUUGCAUUAAAAUCUCCAAUAUGUGCUCCAGAACUACUUACAGUGAUUUGCGUAAAUUCUUUGUGGGUUUGUUUAUACCACAUAAUGGUAUUAAAAUGCUUAACGAUAAACAUGGUCUAAGGGUAGGCAUAGCCUAUGUACAAUUCUCCAAACAGUCCAGUGUAGCGAAAGCUUUAUGUCGUAGCAAAAACCUAUUAAAGGGUAAAACGCUGAUUAUUGAGGCGGUAGACGAACAAGAGUUUAACGAAGCCGAAGAUAGUUUUCGUCCUCCCAAUCAGGACAAGGAAUAUGGCCAUCGCGGUAAUGAAAGUGAUGAUGCUAAUGACGAAAGUGGUGGCAACAAUAAUAGCGGUUUCAGUGCUCUUAAUCCCUAUAAAAAGAUGAUACAACUUGAACCAUUUACGGUGCUUUAUAUAGAAGAUAUACCCUCCUUGGCUACCGAACAGGAUAUUAUGAAAAUGUUUAGCUCUUAUUCUUUAUACGAUAUAUUGCUCAUAGCUAGUCCGGAGAAUAGGCGGGAAUUUGUAGCUUAUGUACGUUUUUCACGCGAGGAAGAUGCCAAGUCUGCCUACGAAGAUAGAGCUCACCAUCAGAUAGGUUAUAGACGGGUAAGAAUGAGACCUAGUACCAUUGAGGAAAUGGAAAAUGCUAAGGAAAAGAUACGUUUGGCCAAUGAGCAACUAAUGAAAGAAGAACAAGCGGCCGAGGAGGAAGAAGCCAAACGUAAACUAGAGAAACUUAUUACCGAGCAUAUAGAGAAAGAAGAAAGUAAACAACAAAAUAUAGUAAGCAUGGAUUUAACACAAGAAGAUGCAGAUGAUGAUAAUGAUAGGCAGGUGGGAGAGCAGGAUGAUGAUGUAAUAGAAACCACCAAUGAACUGAAAAACAACAAUAACACAAAUGACAAGGACAGUGUUAUGAAUAGUAGAGAAAAUUAUGAAAGAGAAGCAGAAAAUUUAAGGCAAAAUGAUAUUUACUCCCUGCAAGGAAAUAAAUUUAGCUCUAACUUAGAUCCUAGACGUCCACAAACACCCAACAUACCUAGUUUAUUCGAUCUCAAUCCCAUGAAUUCAACCAAUCUUAUGCAAAAUCAAAAUCGUUCCAAUCUCUUCAACGAUCCACGUUUGAGAAGUAUGAGUGAAAGAUCAACAAACUCUUCUGUUAAUUCAGUAGAUAAUAAUCAACAACAAAAUAACCCUACAAUGGGAGGACCAAACAAUUACAACAACUUUAAUCCCAAUUUUAAUAAUCAACAACAAAUGAAUAUGACUGCCGGCCUGAACAAUAUGCAUAAUAACUUUGUUAUACUCAAGAACUGUGAAUAUAAUACACGCAUAAAUGAUGUGGCCCAGCUACUGCUAACUGCAAAUUUGGCUUUGAAACAUAUUGAGCCCUUGCGCAAUGAACGUCAACUGCCUACGGGUGAGUUUAUUGUCGAAUUUCGGCGCAAUAAUGAUGCUGAGAUAGCGGUGCAAAGAUUUCAUAACAUACAAUUUCGUAAUCGUAGUUUGAGGGUGUUUCCCAUAACGCCCCAAGAAAUUGCCGAUCGUUUGGGUAAACCUUUUCUUAGCUAUAUACCAGGAGGUAAUGGUAUAAGAAUAACCAAGGGUAUGAUUAACGAUAGUUUAACGCGUAAUUUAAAUAAUAGUAACAACAACAAUAAUAAUAACAAUCGUUUCCGGGGCAAUAAUAAUUUUAAUGAUAAUGGACCCCUUAAUAAUGAUAAUGACAAUAAUGUUAAUGCACCCAACAACAACAAUAACAAUAAUGGCAGAAGUAAUAAUGGUGGUGGUGGUAAUGGAGGUGGUAUACCCGAACAAUUUACCCGGCAAGGCUGUGUUUUAUCUUUGGAAAAUGUUCCCUAUAAAGCUCAACUUUCAGAUAUUUUAAAUUUCUUUCAAGGAUAUGAUUUAACACCUGAUGAUAUAAUACGACGCUAUAAUGAUGACGGUUCUCCCACUGGCGAUGCUCGUGUGGCUUUCAUGUCUCCCGACCAAGCCCGUUCCGCAUUUGAAUCAAGAAAACGUAAAAAACUAUUUGGUCGUAAUAUUUUUAUAAAAAUAAUUUAAUUUGAAUUAUACUUGUUGCUAUUAUUAUAAAUACAUACUUUUUUUGUAAAUAUAAUUAAUUUUUAAAUUCCAUUAUAUUUUUUUUUUAAUCACACCUAACAUAAUCUUUUAUUAAGAUUAUACAAAAUUUUGCUUCACAUUUUCUGAAAAAUUCAAAGUUUAAUUUGAAAUUUUAAGUGUAAUCUUUAUAAAACAUUUUGAGUUUCGUUUUAAAAUAUGAGUAUGAAAAAAAUAUAUAUAAAUAUAAAAACAUAUUUUUAACACAAUUCUCAAAUGUACAUCACAUCACUAAUCAAUAGUUGUUAAAUUUAGAAUAAAAGAAAAAAUAAAAUAAAAAUAAAAUUGAUAUGAUGAAUAAUUUC